AUGUGGUCCACAAAUACCCCUGGCAAGUCAGUCGUAGGCUUAAACUUGACUGAAGUUGGUAAUCUCGUGCUCUACGACAGAAAUGAUGCCGUCAUUUGGCAGUCUUUCGAUCACCCUACAGACACAAUUCUUCCUGGACAGGAGCUACGUCCCGGCAUGAAGCUAACAGCAACAUCAAGGGCGUCGGAUGGGACAGCGCCGGUCUACACGUUCACUACUGAUGAUCAGAUAGGCUUUGUCGGAUCUGUGAGGGUAGACAAUUCUCCCCAAAUUUACUAUGAAACAAGCGAUGUGAGCAAAAUGAAGAGCGACAAUGGACAAGUUGGAGCACUUUACAAGAAUGGAACCUUCGGUGAGUUUGAAUUUUCCACAACAUCAUUGCCUCAGCUUAUCCGUUUGGGGCUGGAUGGGCAUCUGAAUCUUUAUGUUUAUGACGAGCACUCCACUAAUUGGAUGCCAACGGAUCUUCUUAAGAAUCGAGUUGAUGAUUGCACCUAUCCAUUCGCAUGUGGAAGUUAUGGCAUUUGUUCAUCUGCCUCUCAUGGCUAUGAUUGUCUGUGUCCAAACGAGACACAGCAAAUUGAUGCGAGGGCUUCGUCCUACGGUUGCAAUCGCACCUCCCCAUUCUCUUGUGAUUCACAUGAUAACACUUUCGCAGAAGUUGAGAAGAUCACCUUUUUUGCUUUGUCGUACAAUAAUAUUAGUGCAAACAUCUCAAACACAACUGUGGAGAGUUGCAAGGAAGAGUGUUUGAAGAAAGGGUGCUCAUGCACAAUGGCACUAUUUCAAAAUCAAGCCAAUUUGUUUGGUGGAGACUGCUAUUUAUUAUCAGAUUCAUUUUCCCUCAUAGACGACUCAUACGUGGGGUAUUCCAUCUUAGCAUUUAUCAAAGUCAACCAUAGUUCAAACACACUGAUGCCGUCAUCAAUCUUUCCAAGAAAGAGAAGGGGACGAAUAGUGUUAAUCCUAGGGACUACUGUUGGAGCAGUUUCUAUGGUCUUAGUAAGCAUAUUUGGGAUUUCUAUUUUAAGUAAGGUGAGAAGAAAUGAUGUCGAGGAUGAUGAUCUAGACUUACCAAGGCUUCAGAUAACUAGAUUCCCCUAUGAGGACUUAAAGGCCAUGACAGAAGAUUUCAACAUUAAGCUUGGGGAAGGAGGAUUUGGCUCAGUGUUUCUAGGAACUUUACCCAGCGGGGGUAGGAUUGCAGCCAAGCGUCUUCAUGGUUUUGGUCAAAUAAAGAAGUCAUUCUUGGCCGAGGCCGAAACCAUUGGCACAAUACAUCAUGUUAAUCUAGUAAGACUACUCGGAUUUUGUGCUGAAAAAUCAUUUCGGCUUUUAGUCUACGAGUACAUGUGCAAUGGUUCUCUUGAUAAGUGGAUCUUCCAUAAAGACCAAGAGUUUGACCUCUGUUGGCAAGUGAGGAGAAAGAUCAUUAUCGACAUUGCCAAGGGACUAGCCUAUCUCCAUGAGGAAUGCCAUCAAAAAAUCAUUCACUUAGAUGUCAAACCCCAAAAUAUACUGCUGGAUGAACAUUUCAAUGCGAAGCUCGCUGAUUUUGGAUUGUCGAAGCUAAUUGAAAAGGACCAAAGCCAAGUCAUGACGACCAUGCGAGGAACACCAGGUUACCUUGCUCCAGAGUGGUUAAGCUCUGUAAUCACAGAAAAGGUGGAUGUGUACAGUUUUGGCAUCGUGAUGUUAGAAGUCCUAUGUGGGAGGAAAAAUGUGGAUCGUUGUAUGCCGAGUGAUGAGGUGCAUAUGUUGACCCUUUUCAAGUGCAAAGCAGAGCAAGAACAGCUACUUGACAUGGUUGAUCAGUCCAGUGGUGACAUGCAACUGCACGGCCAAGAAACUGUCAAGAUGAUGAAAAUCGCAGCAUGGUGCUUGCAAGAUGAUCAUAGCAAGAGGCCGCUCAUGUCUCAAGUGGUUAAAUUCUUGGAGGGCUCAGUUGAUAUAGAAGAUGGCUUGAGAUACAGCUUCUCAGUUCCUUCUAAUCAUGGUGGUGAUAGUGUCGAUGAUGCUACUCAGCUAUUGCCGUCAACAUUAUCGGGUCCUAGAUGAACUAGACUAGCUUCGGAUCUGAACUC